AUGCGCGGGCGGGGUGAGCUCCCCAAGGCGAGGUCCAUUCUUAUCAUGCACAACUUUCACGCGCAGACCACGCACGAGUUCAAGGAGUAUCUUGCUCUCGCCUGGUAUGGCCCUUCGGAGUGCACGGACGAGGUGCAGCCAGUUGAUGCAGGAGCCGGACGAUUUCUCAAGGUGGAAGUCGGGAGGCAGAUGGACAUCAUAUGGCUCGAGCAGUCCGACAACCUCGAGAGGUGGGAAACCGCGUCAUUGACAGCUUCUGAUCGGCGCGUCCUGAUCACUUAGUGGAUGGGAGCGGCCAUGGCAAGACUCAACAGCCAACAGGCGUACCGAUACCACCGUCUUUUCGAAGAAGUGCGGGAUGGCCAUAACCGUGGACGGCUCGGGCAAUGAUCGAAUCACCUUGGAGGGUUUGGACA